GGGCGGGGCUCGGAGUCGGCGACGCCGCCGGGGCUCGGCUGCAGGGCCUGCCGCCCCGGAACCCGGUGGAUGCCCCCGAUGGCAGGUUAUGUGCCCAAGGGGUACUCGUCACCCCCCUAUCCUGCCGCCCCGGUCCUGUACCCCGAGCCCCCGGCUCCCCCGGGCCCCGGCUUUUCCCUGUUCCCCUCCCCGGGAGCCCCCGCCCCGCCCGAACCAGUGGCCCCCAGUGGCCCCUACCUGCCCCUCGGUACCCACGUCCCCCCGGGGCUCGACUGCCUCAUCCAGAUUGACCAGAUCUUGAUCCACGAGAAGGUCGAGCAGGCGGAAGGUUUCCUGGGCCGCCGGAGCUGUCGCCGCUACGAGCUGUGCGGGGGUCCGGGCUGGGGGCCGCUGCAGGCGGCGGAGGAGUCGGCCCUGUGUGCCCGGCUCUGCUGCGGGACCCGUCGCCCCCUCCGGGUCCGGGUGGCCGACGCCUCCGCCCGUGAGGUCCUGCGGCUCAGCCGCACGCUGCACUGCGGAGCCUGCUGCUUCCCCUGCUGCCUCCAGGAGCUGGAGGUGCAGGCCCCCCCGGGCACCACCAUCGGGCACGUCCUGCAAACCUGGCACCCCUUCGUGCCCAAGUUCUCCAUCCAGAACGCCGAGCGCCAGACGCAGCUGCGCGUCGUGGGGCCCUGCUGGACGUGCAGCUGCGGGAGCGACACCAACUUUGAGGUGAAGACGAAGGACGAGUCGCGGAGCGUGGGGCGGAUCAGCCGGGACUGGGGCGGGCUGGAGCCCGGGGCCGCCAGCCGCACGGACGACUUCGGCCUGCAGUUCCCGCUCGACCUGGACGUGCGCGUGAAGGCGGUGCUGCUGGGGGCCGCUUUCCUCAUCAACUACAUGUUCUAUGAGAAGACAGGAGAAAAGAUCUCAGACUCCCCAGGCGUCACCAGUUAGAGAAUCUCCUCUCCGGGUCCAUCCGAGACAACCGAGAUGGCCGCCGCCCACCUGACCCGGCUCCACGACCCGAGACGGGCCCGCCCGCCAUCCGUCCGCGACGGUGGCUCCCCGAGGAAACCAAAGAGCUGGAUCUGACUGUUGAGGCCCUAAGGUCGCGGAUGGGUCCAAAUGGUGGGGAAACUGGGCUGGAGCUUGGAGCUCCAGGGGCCCUCCUGUUUCUCAGGGCCGGGGGCCGGGUAUAUGCUGCAUGCGCUCAUUGCUAAGGGUCUUUGUAUCGGGACCCUUCCCCUCACCGCGCCUCCCUGACCCCUUCCAUGGGUUCUUCCCAUUCUCUUAGUCAUCCAUGAUGGCCACCCCCCACUGCCCUGGUAUCUGAGGUGGUAGAGGAGACUCCUGCCUCCUCUGUCUCCCUCCGCCUCUUCUCUCUCCCCUCAUACCUCUAUCCCCUCUGAACCUUCCAACCGCUCUCGGUCCCCGUCACCCGUUUCCUUCUCCUCUUCUGUAAUCAGAGGGGUCGGCGAGUCCACUCAGCUCGUCACCACCCACGGAGGAAAGUGCCUUCAGCAUUCAGGGACUUCUCAGAUGCUCCCGUCAGGGGUCACCCUGCCCUCGGAGGCUGAGUCGGUGCCCGCCCCGCCCCUCCCAACUCUUCCUAACUGGUGCUCACUGCAGCUUCCCGUGUGCCUUAUUUAACUGCCCCCCUCAGCCGAGCCCUGCCAUGCCAAAGGCUGAUGGAGGGGGAACGUAUCUUUGUAUCGCAUAUAAACGUUUUAACUUUUUGGAUGUCG